CCACAGCUUGCCUAAAUAAACAAAUUCCGCAAGACGACAACUCCAUCUCUGCCGAAGGCUCAGAACUUGCUGGAAUUUCUUCAUCUCCACAACAAGAUGUGAAUUUUUUCUUUUGUUGAUUCAUUCAUCUGAACAUACAGAGAUAUAAGAGAAGCCCAAAUAUUGAUGAUCAAGAUGGGAGUGAAGGAAGUAGCGCCGUUUGUGGGGAUGGCGGCGGUGCAGUUUAUUCAGGUGGGGCUGAUGGCGGCAAUCAAAGCCGCCACUUCGAGUGGGAUGACCAAAUUCACCUUUAUCUUCUACUCCAAUGCCCUGGCCUCCCUCUUCCUUCUUCCUCUUUCCCUUCUGCUUCACAGAUCCGUUCGUCCUCCAAUAACUUUCUCGCUCCUGUGCAAAUUCUUCUUGCUUGGCUUACUUGGAUGCAUAGCACAGGUAACAGGGAAUGCUGCAAUACAAAUUACUCCUGCAUCAUUUUGCUCAGCAAUGCUCAACCUGGUCCCAGGUUUUACAUUCAUACUUGCUGUUAUUUUCAGGAUGGAAGAAAUCCAUUUUAGAAGGUCAAGUACCCUAGCCAAAACCACUGGAACACUAGUAUCAAUCAUAGGGGCACUCAUUGUGAUUCUUUAUAAGGGGCCAUCAAUUGUGAUGACCCUGUCCCUUCCAAACACCCCCCAGCAGCUUCUCAUGCAACGAUCGAACUUCGUCAUUGGAGGGGUGCUCCUUAUAAUUGACUGUGUGGCUGCUUCAGCAUUUAUCAUCACACAGGUAGUCCUUGAAAAGAUCUCAGAGAUGGUAGAAACAAGUAGAUACAACACCAAUCACCAACAUUUUUCUCUAUGCUUUCAGGCAUUGCUUCUAGCAAGAUAUAGUGCAGAACUGAUUAUAGUCUUUUUCUACUGCUUCUUUGUGGCCAUUAUGUCUGCAAUGUUCUCUUUGGUUGUGGAAAGAGACCUAGCUGCUUGGAGCUUACAACCGACCUUGAGAUUGCUCACCAUUCUUUACUCUGGACUUAUCGGUUCUGCAGCCCAAGUAAGCAUUAUCACAUGGUGCCUGCACAAGAGGGGGCCUGUUUUUGUUGCCAUGUUUCACCCCUUGGGGAUCAUUAUUGCAGCUGCUGUGGAUAUCAUCUUCUUAGGUGAUAGUUUAUACUUGGGAAGUAUGGUGGGAUCAAUUGUUAUUGUUAUAGGAUUUUACUCAGUUAUGUGGGGAAAAGCCAACGAAGCAAAAGUGAAGGAUAAUGGAGCAAGCAGUUUGGAAUCUUCCAGCGAACAGGCCCCUCUCUUACAAAGCACCAAGUAGACAAAUUUGGCAUUCAGUCUACAUUUUCUUGGUCUGGUCACAGUCUUUCCGGCAUCCAUGUAAGUACAUAUUUUCUCGAUUCCAUAUAGAAAUACUCUGUUUCUAGCUUUCAAGUUUUAGAUCAACAAAGAAUGUUAUACUUAACAUAGCCGAACCCACCUAGUGGGAUUAAGGCCCAUGAUUCUUGUUUUAAGUUGUUGUUCUUAUACUCUUUUCAUGUACAUCAUAUCUUUAGUACUCUGUUUUCGCACCACACAAUGCCAGUGGAAGCAUUCAUUUGCUGUAACAUGUUGAACCUUCUAAAUCUUCAUCAUAUAGCCACUCUGUUUUCUAGUAGAAU